CGCGUUUCUUGUCUUAUUGUUUAAGUUACAAGGUAGUUUAUCUUCCUCGUGUUCCGCUAGUUUUGAUCCGGUAGGGUUUGAGUGAUCGGUUCGACGUAAAGGAAGGCGAGCAAGCCAAAACACGUACUGAGAAGUUAAAACACGACUUCUUAGAGUAGACAUACAAAGCGAAUAAUCAGCAAUAAGGAGUCGGAAUGCCGUCUGAUAGCGAAGAAAACGCCAAAGAAGCGAUAACUGACGAUAACUCGGACAGUUCUCAUUCUCAAAGCGACCGAAAAAGAGAUAGAAGGUCGGCCAGAUCUACCCCGAGAAAGGCGCUAGCGUCCAUUGCUGUAAAAAGACGAUCACUCAGAGGAAACAUGGGGCGAGCUGAUGAGGGAAUGUCAGAUAAUAGUGGAGGCGAGGGAGCAGAUUCAGUUACAAAAGAAGACAAAAACGACACAGUAGUAGGGGAAAUUGAAGCUCAAAGUCCAUCUGACAAGGGUCUUACACCAGAUGAUGGUAAUAAGAAUGCAGGUGAUGGCGAUGAAGAUGUUGGCAAUCAUGAUGGUAGUGAUAGCAAUAUAGAUGAUCUUGAUGAUGAUCGUGGUGCAAGUGGUAGCCACAAGGAUGCUGUUAAUGAUGCUGUUCGUACUGCUGCUGCUGAUGAUGAUGAUGAUAAUGAUGGAGAUAAUGCUGAUUCUGAUGAUGGGGAUGCUGCUGCUUCUGAUGCUGCUUAUGAUGCUAUGGAUGAUGGAGAUGACAUUGAUGAUAGUGGCAGUGAUGUUACUUUCGAUGUUAAUGACGCAGACCAGUCUGAGGAUGAGGAAGGUAUACCUCACAAACCAGAAGCCCAAAAGCAUCUUUACUACAUCCGGCCGGUCAGGCGAGAGAAACCCACAAAAGGCUUGAACGAUGAUGUGUCAGAUGGUGGCAUGGAUGAGGUUCUAAUAACAUACGACAUGUACAACAUCAAGGUGCCAGUCAAAGACAUCGGCCACAACCUGAGGCAGAUCUGCAACAACAAGAACCCCUAUAAUACCAUUUCUAUUAAUGGCAAAGACACGUCUGUUUAUCAAACAAGUUUGAUGGAGCUGGUUUUGUCCGCUCGUAAUUUGAAGGGUUCAAGGCGAAAGAGAGGCAUGAAAACUAGGAGGAGUCAAUCAUCAAGUGGAUCAGUCGACAGUGAUACCAGUGAUAGCAGUGCUUACAGUGGACUUAUGAUUUACAAAAACAGCCAUAAAAGAAAUAUAAAAAAGCCUCAAAGAAUGACUGAAGGAGUCCAAAUAGACGAUAGUGAAUCCUCAACAAGUUCUUGUGAUAGUACUUCCAGUAGUUUCAGUUAUUCCAGUGCCAGUUAUGCUAGCUCAAGACCAGUUAGACGUCGCCGCCGCCGUCGGCGUAGUAGAACACCAGACUCUGAUUCUGGGAAUAUCUCAUCAGAUAGUCUUGAUGAAAUGGAGGACUUAAACCGCUGCAAAAAAAGUGAAAGGAUUAUGGAGACAAGAAAAAGAAAAGUUCCCUUGAGACCAAGAGAUGGCAUCAGAGAAAAAAUUGCCAAGUAUUGUGCUGACACAUCAUCGUCAUCAGAUGAAGAAGCGGAUGAUGAAAGUGGUGAGCAGGAUGAAGCUGUAAGCAGUGAGUGAGGGAUGAGAAGUAUGGGUGUUCAGGCUAAAAAUACCUGGUUUAGGUGUGAAGCGAGGAUCUACAGAAAGCAUUGUCACCAGAAAGCAUUGUCACCAGUUUACUUCUGAAGGUCCGAAGGAAACCUCAACCAUUAAAAGACAAAAGAAUCUAUUAGAAUCCGAGAUAUUUAACAGGCCAUUCACUCUAAAUUAUCAAUCACAUCCUCAAGGAAACUUCCAAUAGAUACACUGCUUUCCAUAUUUUGAAAUAUUUUUCGUGUUUUCCAUUAAAAAUCAUCGGAUAUUGCUACGUAAGGAGUGCCAUCAUAGAUAUAAUGUGAGAAGUUUUAAUAUUUAAUGAUGCAAUAGGAAUUGGCAAAUUUCUUGGCAUCCAAUGGGGUGCAUACUUCCUCUGUGCAUCCCCACAAGGCUAUAGCUAGAAAAAUUUGGCCCCUUCCUUGCUACGCGCCUAGUAACAAGUCAGGAUAGAUAGUACCAUACUCACUAUAAUCAAGUGACACAUUAAGAAGUAAAGAUCAGAGACAAAGAAGGGACUAAACAUAUUGAGGAAGAAGGAACAGUAGGUUUCUUUUCCUCUGUAUCUGUGUUUGCUUCUCCUGGAUCAGCCCAUAUAUUCAAUGGAUGCUACAUACAUGGAACUCCAAAAAUUCAAACUUUUACAUAAAACUUGAAAUCUGUGCAACUAUUAACAAACUAUUUAAAGCUCCCCACCCAAUAAUUUUUAGUCAUUUCUGAUUUGAUUGCUUUUAACACCCCCCAAACUCUAAAUAUUGUUGUCUCCCUUGAAGAUCCAAGUUAAGUAAGGAGACUUGUCCACUGUAUGGCGGACCAGAUCCAGAAUUGUAUUAAGAUAGUUUCAGGGGUCCUGUCAUGUGUGUUUUUAUAGCCAUGACUAAAUUCUAUCAGUGGAGAUAAGGAAGUAACCACCCAGUCAUCUAAUGGUCUACCAUCUGAAUUCCUUUGUGAAGGAUUUGAAGAUACCAGCUCUAUAUGUAUCUGGAAAAGUUUUUCUUUUACUUAUUUGGUAUUUACAUAAUUUUUAGCAAAAAAAAAGAAGCAUUAUUACAAAAUGUAAAUGUAAAAUAUAUUUCAUAGGUAAAAUGACUAUAUAGCAGAGGUUUAAUUUAUAAAAAAAUAUUAAACUAAUGUUAUUUUA